AGGCGGCGAGGAGGCGGCGCCUGUAUCGGCGCUGGAGGUUGUGUCCUUCCUGGGGAAGCUGCUGUGCGCAGUCGCGGCGCUGAAGGCGGCUCUGUACCUGCUCCGCAGAGUGUGCCUAGCGAUGGCCUGGAAGUCGGGCGGCGCCAGCCACUCCGAGCUCAUCCACAACCUCCGCAAAAAUGGAAUAAUCAAAACAGACAAGGUAUUUGAAGUAAUGCUGGCUACAGACCGUUGCCACUAUGCAAAGUACAACCCUUACAUGGACUCUCCACAGUCUAUAGGUUUCCAAGCAACAAUCAGUGCUCCACAUAUGCAUGCAUAUGCACUUGAACUUCUGUCUGAUCAGUUACAUGAAGGAGCCAAAGCACUUGAUGUAGGAUCAGGAAGUGGAAUUCUUACAGCAUGCUUUUCACGAAUGGUUGGUCCCAAAGGACAAGUUGUAGGAAUUGAUCAUAUCAAAGAACUAGUAGAUGACUCAAUAAAUAAUGUCAAAAAAGACGAUCCCACAUUGCUGUCUUCAGGAAGAGUGAAACUGAUUGUGGGAGAUGGACGAAUGGGAUAUGCAGAAGAAGCUCCCUAUGAUGCAAUUCAUGUUGGAGCUGCAGCCCCGGUUGUGCCCCAAGCACUUAUAGACCAGUUAAAACCUGGCGGAAGAUUGAUAUUACCAGUUGGCCCUGCUGGGGGAAACCAGAUGCUCGAACAGUAUGACAAACUAGAAGAUGGCAGUGUCAAAAUGAAGCCUCUGAUGGGAGUGAUAUAUGUGCCUUUAACAGAUAAAGAGAAGCAGUGGUCCAGGUGGAAGUGAUUUUCUGUUCCACUUACUUCUUCCACACACAUGCAAGGGAUGAAUUGUAAAAGCUACAUCAUCUUGACCCAAACAUAGUGUUACAGUGGACUGCUCAUCUCCAGUUCUAAAAGCUUUUUGAAAACCAACAGCAUUGCAGCUUGUUUUGGACUUCGUUAUACUGUUGUUAUCAGCAUGGAAAAGCGUGGUGUUUGUUUUAUUUUUUUAGAUGCUCAAGGCAAACCUGAUAAAGAAAUGGUGGAAAGUUUUAUGUGGGCAAUGUUUUAUUUAACAUGCCUUUAUUUCACUUUCAUCUGUUCAAAGUGAAUUUCUGCAAAACUGCAGAUAAAGACCUGUAGCUUGUGAACUCUGAUUUUGAUGGGGGAACUUGAACACUCACUUCUCUCGGCUCCUGUGUCCCUUGGUAAAACUGCUUCUGUGCACCUUACAACACUACAUAGGUAAUACCAGGUUUUCUGUGUUCCAAUGUCUGCUAGAUGCUACUAAAAGGCGAUGAACUUCCUUUCUAAGCUUUUGACAUGGUGUCAUAGACUAGCAUGUAGUAGAUACAAUCAGCUGCUUUUUUACCUUAAAACCAGGCAUUUGUAUAUAUUAAAUUUCAAGACAUCAGAGGUUGGUGGCCACUCUUAUCAAACAUUGCUGUUCAAGUUGGACAUAAAAGACAUGGUUUUCCCUUUCCUUCUAAAAUUGAUUAAUGGAAUCUGGAAAUUCUGUUUUGGUUUAUAGCUCCGUGCUGGUGUGAUACACAUGGAUCUAACUCUGUAAAUGUGUGUUCCAGUCACCAAAUAAUUUAUUGGCUGCUUUGCCAGAUAAAAGCAGAAGGGGGGUUGUGUGCUUGUGUAGAAGAUUAGGAUGGGUAUGUAGUCUGAGAUAUGGAUUGCUAGGUUCUUUAUAAAAAACCAGAAUCCCCUUUGGUUCUAAAACAAGGUUGCUUUAGAAAGGGAAUUCUAAAUUGCUGUAAAAGGAACACAGGAUGCAUGCAAAAGAAUCCUGGACUCCUAAGAACAGAUAGAUGCACUUGUUCAGUUUUCAUAUAGAAGAAUAGUGGGAAAACCUUUUUUUCUGCCCUAAGUUUUCUGUUUUGGUACUGUAAAAUGUCAACAGCAAAUUGCAAAGCAGUACAGUAAGGUGGGCUGCUUUGGGAAAGGGGGGAAGUGUGUCUUCAGUCAUCUUGCUCAUAUUUGUGCAACCAGUAAUUAAAGUAAACAGUGUAUUAUCAUUAUUUCCUCUUUUUUUUUUUUUUUUUUAAAUGAUAAGGAGGAUUAUGGAAUAAAACAAUCCAUAUUGAUCACUGCAAAAAAAAACCAAAACAACUUUUUAUGGUGGAAGAGCAGUAAUUUUGUGAUAGGAUUAAUCCCUGGAAGCAUAAAAAAUUCAAAGGCCUCUGAACAUGGAAAAAGAACAUUUUAAAUAACCUGCCUUUUGAAGGCCAGCCCCAUUUUAUUCCUCUGUAAAAGAUAUAACUUAAUUUAUUUAGAUGUUUGGAAGUUAAUGUACCACCUCCUGAUCUGACUGCAGCCUGGGAGCACAUGCACAAGAUUAAUCUUAUAAAGAAAUUAAUAUAGUGUGUAUUCUAGAAAAUACAAUCCAGAAGAAUCCACUUGCGUCUGACAAAUUUGUACUAACCCACGAUCAACUGUGACUCUAGUUCUUGGUGUUGAAGUGAAAUAUCUUAACUGAUGCAUGCUAACAUUCAACCUUUUGGUCGCUGUAUCUUUCAGUUUGAGUUCAGCUUUAUUUACAUCUUCUCACAAAUUUAAUCAGUUAAAUGAAAGAUAUGAGCUCAACUGUAUCCAAAUUCCUGUCUCUGGACACAGUGUAAUAAGCUAGCCUGACUUGGAAGUGGUGUUAAAGCUGAGACCCGAUGACAACUUCCUGGGGGAGAACCACUUCAGGGGGUGUAAAGGCUUCAGGGACCAAGGCUGGUGGGAGUACUGCACCCAUUCCACUGAAGGGGUUGAUGGUAGCCAAGGUACUCGGACAGAAAGGAGUAUCCAGGAGUAGCAUUUAGGAGUCGAAAAUGGAAACUCCUCCAUGAUGGAGCAAUGGUUCUGAAGUAAAAUCUUGGAGACAAGGACAAGUUGAAAUGCAGAAGACUUGAAGAGCUUGAAUAAAUGCUGUGUGAACUGUCUGAAUUGCUACUUUGCCAAAUAAAACAAAUUGAGAGGAAGCUGUA